GCUGUUCAGGAGGAGGGGGAAGAGCAGCAGCCUUACGACCUGCUUCCGGAGUUUGUACGGCGAGCACUGUACGGCAAGAUUGCUGAACUGCCGCUUGAUAAACAGCAGCAGCUGCCGCGGACCUUUUACAGAUGCGGGCACUGCGACUGCGAGGGGCUGUCAGAAGCCAGGAGGGCACGUCGGGCGCUGCUGUUCACGGCGGCUGCCGGGGCCCCGCAGUGUCCGCCGGCAGCAGAGGUUCCCGAGCUGCGGGACGGGAGGGCCCUGUGGGAGGAAUGCCAGCGGUGGAGGGAGGGAUAGCGACAUCGCAUGCAUGACCGCAGGCCGUCCACAGCAUGCAUGGGACGGCGCCUGGGAGCCGAGUGCAGGCGGCAUCGGGCUGAGGCGGCUGCUGGCGCUGCAGGACAAGUUGGUCUUUCCGCAGAUGGAGCCGCUCUAAGAGCCAUAAAUAAUGAGCCAUACGGUUUGUGGGUUGUUGUUGCUGUUCUUUUGUAUGAGGACUAAGGGUUUGCUGCACUAGGUUAGGGUAUUGUGGCGGGGGUUAAGGGAGGUCGAGCAUCCGGAGGGAGGCAAGGAGGAUGAUGUGGAUUGCAGGGGUGAUGAGUUCGCAUUGGUGGCUGCAAUAGGCGUCGUGACAUCUAUGUUUAGGCUAUGUUCCACCCCCUUACCCCUCCAUUCUUACAUAUGGAGGGACGCCUUAGAGUGGUGAAAGUAGGCGAUGGUGUCGGCUAUGCACCCCAGGAGCUAGACGUAGCUAGCCUGGUUGCAUAAGAGGAAUGGGCGGGUGAGGCAGGGUGCUGACAGAGGAGGCCUGUACCGUGGAUCCGCCAGAAGAGCGAGUGCAGCUGAUAUUGGAUUGGGUGAGAACCCCACAUCAACGGUAGUAUGCGCCGAACUCAUUAAACAAGUGUGC